GCCAGAUAAGUCGCGAGAGGAAACGUCAAUGCUCUUGCUGGGGCCAUGAUGGUUCGCAGUGGGAAAAAUGGUGAACUGCACCUUAAACAGAUUGCAUAUUAUAAACGAACUGGUGAAUAUCAUCCAACUACAUUGUCGAGUGAGAGAAGUGGCAUAAGAAGAGCAGCCAAAAAAUUUGUCUUCAAAGAGAAAAAGUUAUUUUAUAUUGGAAAAGAUAGAAAACAAAAUCGUUUGGUAAUUGUAUCAGAAGAAGAAAAAAAGAAAGUCCUGAGAGAAUGUCAUGAAAAUGACACUGGAUCCCAUCAUGGCAUAUCCAGAACUCUGACACUAGUGGAAUCCAGUUACUAUUGGACUUCUGUGACCAAUGAUGUCAAACAGUGGGUAUAUGCUUGUCACCAUUGCCAGGUGGCAAAGAAUACCAUUGUUCUAGCACCUCAACAACAACUUCUCAAAGUAGAAAAUCCAUGGAGUAUAGUUACUGUCGAUCUGAUGGGCCCGUUUCAUGCAAGCAACAAAAGUCAUCUGUAUACUCUAAUUAUGACAGAUCUGUUCACAAAAUGGACUGUGAUUUUGCCUCUGUGUGAUGUUUCCACAGCAGAAAUUUCUAAAGCUAUUAUCAAUAUAAUUUUCUUGUAUGGGCUUCCUCAGAAAAUAAUAAUGGACCAAAGAGAUGAGUUAAUUCAUCAGAUCAACCAUGAGCUGUGUACGUUAUUUGGUACAAAACAGAUUGUAAUUUCCAGUACCUCUCACGUUGUGAAUCCAUCGGAAAGUACUCCAGGCAUGAUCAAAGCACUUCUCUCCAAGCUCUGCAUGGACAACCCCAGUACCUGGGAUGAUCACCUAUCAGCCAUUUCUUUUGCCUUCAAUAUGACACACUUGGUACCCUACUAAAAUACACCAUAUUUUCAAAUGUUUAACCGAAACCCUCACAUGCCUGAGAUGUCAGAAAUUCUUCAUAAAGUGGACGGUGAUAAUAGAAGCGUGUGACAAAUCCUGUGUGCAAUUAAAGAAUCAAAUACAACAAUAGAGACUAAGACGGCUUCAGUGCACCAGAUGGAAAACAACAAUUUUGAAGAAAGAAGCAAAAGUAAAAGCAUUGUUAAAAAGAAACCGAAGCAGCUAAAUCCUUUUCAACUAAAAGUGGGUCAUGAAGUUUUAAGACAAAGGAAAAAUUGGUGGAAGGAUGGUCGUUUCCAGUCAGAAUGGGUUGGCCCCUGUGUCAUAGACUAUAUUACUGAAAGUGGUUGUGCUGUCCUAAGAGACAGCACUGGAACUAGAUUGAAAAGACCUAUCAAAAUGUCCCACUUAAAGCCCUAUGUGAGAGAAUUCACCGAGCCAGAGAGUCUUUAUAUGUUACAAGGUUCAGUAGUCACAGAUCAUGACUAUGUAGGAUUUCCAGACGUCUCAGUUGGAACUUACCAAGCAAAUAUUCUGGUUGAAGAUGCAACUAUUGGUGUUGUUGAUAAUGGAUUACUGACAACAAACAAAGACCGUGAACUAUUAGAAUAUAAGAAUAACAAAAUCUCUCCAUUAAUGGAUCAUAAUGCUCUUGAAAAACAGACGUUUAAUCUGUUGAACUCUUCAAAUCAAGUUCUUGAGUAUUUAAGUUAG